GUCAACAAAAAAAAAACUCGUACCGUGAGCAUCAGUGAGAGACGAAGUGAAACGAUGAACGACAAAAUUUGAACAGAAUAAAAAAAAAACGAUGAAAUUUUCAUAAAUCGAAUUUGUGUUGUGUAUUUUAGUUUGUAUGGUGGAUUUCUUUUUCGUUCAGUUGCCUUUAAUUGCACAGAAUUAUGCUCUAGUCGGGUUUGAAUCGGAAAUAAAUUUUUCGGAAAAAAAAGAAAGAGAAAAAUAACACGAAACAGACACAAACACAAGAGAUGUGAAUAAGAAUGAGAUUCAAAGGAAGAAAAAGAAGCAAAACUCUUUGCACACUUGUCGGUUGAUUCAAAGUGCGAUAAGGUCGAACUCUCUCGGUGAACAGUUUGUUUUUCGUUAAAGUGUAAAUCAUGCUUUUUCGACUGGCUCCUAAUGUGUUUUUGAUAGAAUUGAUUCUCGGAUGAUGAUGCAAAGACAUGAGCUUAACUGAAUGCGACAAGUCAUUAACCAAAGAAUAGAGACUUAAAAUACGGAUAAUCCAUGGCAUCUGCAUGAAAUUGCACUUGAGGUGUUCGAAUGGCGAUAUAUAUAUAUAUAUAUAUAUAUAUGUAUGCGUCAACAACAAACAGUGCCUCCGCUUAAGCAAUCGCAGCAAGAACCACAAAAAACGUACACAAGUGUUUUCUCACACGCGAACAAUACGUUCAGCAAAAAAUAAAGAGCAAAAGCACACGACAUUGACACAGAGCUGAAUGAAUAGAGUGAUAUAAAACUUGGACAUGAACAAAUUGUUGAGUGUGAUAGCGUGAACCGAAAAAAAGACAAAAACAACAACAACAAUAACGAAAGAACCGCAAAAGAGAUAGAAACGAGCGCAAAAGAGUGAAUCUUAAUGAUAAAACGGCGAGUGGCUAAAAAGUAUCAUCAAAAUGGCAGUUUUACGAGUUAAAUGAUCGAAAAGAAAAUGAGUAUGCUUGUAUUAAAAAAUCAUUGAGAAGGGCUCAUCAUUGUGGGGAAUUUAUAGUGGCGGCAAAAGACAUCAACAACCAAAGAACAUCCAAUAACAAUAAAUCACCGUAAAUUAGAAUAAGGCACCAUCAGCACCAACAUCACCAACACCACCGCCACCACCAUCAUCAUCGUAUCAUUGAAUCACAUACAGACCAUUUUCGGCAGAUAGCGAAUUACUCGAAAUGUGUAUAAUUUAUAAAUGCUUGCGCUGUGUAAAUGCCUGACGCUAAAUGUGACUGACACAUAUACAGACACACAUACACACGGUUUGCUGUAAAUUGAAAUAUGUAAACGAGUUUACUACCACUAUUGUGAACUCAUUGUUUCUGAAAUACGAGGACUUACAAAAAGGAUACUCUGAACACUGAAACUCAAUCUCAAUCGCUGUGCGUGUAUUAAGAGGGAAAAGUGUUUAUUACAACCAAAUUAUGCAUGGAUUUUAUGAAUGCUGGAAUGUGUUUUAGCUGUUGUUUUCAUUCAUUUCGAUCCCUUUAGAUGAUUGGUAUCUUUGACAACAUCCUGAUUAUUAUCAACACCAGCCAAGUCCAUCAUCAAGUGCAUUGCAUAAACCGAACGGAAAUUGAUUGGAAAUAGUUUGUGUGUGUGUGUUGUUGCCAGAGCGCGCGCUCGUUUCAAAGAGAGUGAAAUGCAUCGCAAGAGACAAUGGCAAUAGCAAAAUGCUAUAAGCGUUUAAAUUCGUUUUGCCGUAGCGUUAAAUGGGAAAAUCCAAUCAGAUUUUUUUCUGCUCGUGUGCAUUUGUCGCGGCACGUCCGAGGCGAAAACCUGCUUGAUUGAAUUAUGUUACCUUAUGUACAAGGCAAAAAGAAAGAAAAUUGAUAGAGCAAGCGAGCAGAGAGAGAGAGAGAGAGAGAGAGAGAGAGAGAGUCGGAGACAGACAGAGACAGCAGGUAGGCAGGCAGAGAGUAAGACGACAAAACUACGGCGGAAUCUAACGGGAAACAAGUGAAAUGGUCGCACGGAUGUGAUUGUGUUGUGUGUUUGGAAGCAAGACAGACAGAAAGAAAAAAGAAAAAAGUGAAUAGAAACGAAAAGGAACAAAUCAAACUACGACUUGCAAUUCAUCAUUAUUGUGUAGGUGUUCGGCAAUCCGUGGAGGAAUAUUGACAGACAGCAUUGGAAUAUAUUACAAUUGUUUCUGUCAAUUCAUCAUUUCUGAAGGAUGGAUCAAAAUUUUUUACGUAAAAAGGUAGAAAAACGAAAAUCGAAAACACACACACACACACACACUCACGGGCUACAAGUGCAAAGCGCGAUGGACAGCGUGUAAAUUACAUUUGCAAAGCUUUUUGGCUUUUGGCGGACUGAAAUCGGGCUAAAAACUUGACUAAAAUUGAAAUCCGAAAAUCGACCGAAAAACAACAACAACAACUUCUCGUGCAAAGUCACAGGGGGAAAAACGGAACUAGAGGAUAUUAUCAUAGUAAAUAUUGGAAUUGUUGUUAUCCCUCCACCGAAAUCACAUCGGCCUUUUGUCCAAUCGCCUUAUUCGACAUUCAGUUUGGUUGGUUUUUUCUUCGUAUUUUCUCUGUUCAUCUUCUUUUGUUCCAUUCGUCUAUGGUGCUUUGGUUAUCCCUUUUCAACAAACGAUUUCGAAACCAAGCUAUUUAUGCAAAUGUAUGGAACAUUGUUGCAUCAAUUUUGGGCCAUUCUACCGUGCAACGAGACAUAUGUUUUUCGUUUAAGUUAAGUGAGUGAAACGACAGCCCCGUUGUUGUGCUUUUCUAUUUUAAUAUCGUUUGCGUUGUUGUUGAUGCAAUCAAAUCAGCACCAGCAUCACACUAACCAUUUGGCAAAGCGACCAUAGCAGAAAAUAGCAGAAAAAAAAAUAGAGGCAAACAAAUAUUUUGGAUAUGGACGUAUAAUUCAACUUAAAGUCGUACCAGCUCUCAACGAUACACGCACACAAACAAACAUAUAUGUGUACACAACGGACAACAAAAGGAUCAAAAGAAAAGCUUAUCAAGGUACAAACGCAUGCUCACCGCCGAGUUGGGAUCAAACAGCCGCAGAAUCACUCUUUUGGAUGCGCAAAUAUAGCAUGGGACAGGAUAGGAAACGAAUUCGAUUCGCAUGAAUUUAUUUCUCUCCCAUUGAAUGCAUCACACCUUCGACACUGUAAAAAAGUUUUGUUCGAAAUACACCAGUAUUUAUCAUGAAAUAAUAAUGCUGGGUAAUACAAAAUCAAAAGCAACCACCGAAUAGUUUAUGGAUCAUAUUAUCAACAAGCAAAACAAAACAAAAAUUACUCAACUAUUACAUUUUGGAAAUCACCGAAAUAGAGAGGGAAAAUAGAGAGAAAUAGAUAGAGAACGGGAUUGAGAAGACGUUGUUGAGAGUGCCGUUCUCUAUUUAGUUAUUUAUAGGCGAGCAAUAUCGAAAGUAACGGAACGAACUCCAACUGCAGGUGUUACGAUUAACAUUGUCAUCGCAACCGUCAUUUCCAUCCAUCGAAGCAAUAAACGAACCAAAAACAUGGGUUAUGUCUAUCCAAAAGCGGCUUUGCAUUCGACGUCGACAACGAUGGAGACGAUCUCCUUGAUAACAACAGCCAGUACAACCCUAAUAACGGAAUUUACGGUGAACACAACGCUAAUAGGCAGCACAUAUGCAAGUGAUAUACAAGUAAAAAAUAAUGCAACGCUCGAUGAACCGCCUGGUCUACGAUAUUCCAUACCACAAACAGUUGUACUCGCUAUAAUUGCAACGUUGUUAAGUAUAUUAACGGUGGCGGGCAAUGUGAUGGUAAUGAUUUCGUUUAAAAUCGACAAACAAUUGCAAACGAUUAGCAAUUAUUUCCUCUUUUCGCUGGCAAUCGCCGAUUUUGCCAUUGGCUUAAUAUCAAUGCCAUUAUUUACGGUUACAACGCUAUUAGGUUAUUGGCCAUUGGGCCCGUACGUGUGUGAUACGUGGUUAGCACUAGACUAUCUAGCAUCGAAUGCAUCGGUUCUAAAUCUAUUAAUUAUUAGUUUCGAUCGAUAUUUUAGCGUGACACGACCGUUAACGUAUCGUGCUAAGCGUACAACGAGUCGUGCUGCAAUUAUGAUCAGCGCCGCAUGGGGCAUUAGUCUAUUACUGUGGCCACCAUGGAUUUAUAGUUGGCCAUAUAUUGAGGGUAAACGUACCGUACCACAAUACGAAUGCUACAUUCAAUUCAUCGAAACGAAUCAUUACAUUACAUUUGGUACGGCGAUUGCAGCAUUUUAUGUGCCUGUUACAGUCAUGUGUUUCCUAUACUAUCGAAUUUGGCGCGAAACAAAGAAACGUCAAAAGGAUUUACCCAAUUUGCAAGCGGGCAAAAAGGAUUCAUCGAAACGAUCAAAUUCAAGUUGCACGCGAUCAUUAAAAUACAAUAACAGUUUUCACCAUUGUAGUGAUGAAACAACGGCCGUAAAUCAUUCGGGAAUGAUUACACAAAUCGCUUCGAGCGAAUGCGAUGCAUACAGUUGGCGAAGGCCACGAUCUGAAUCAUCGGCCGAUGCAGAAAGCAUGUACAUGACCAACCCGGUGUUGUCGGAUUCGGGAUUUGCGCAGCAAUCACGGCGCUCGAGCACGGCAACGGCUGGCGUACCGCCUGGAUCGCAAAAAUGCUAUGGCGGUAUUAAAGAAUGGUGCGUUGCUUGGUGGCACUCAGGGCGUGAAGAUUCAGAUGACUAUGGCUACGAAGCUGAGGAGCCAUCAGACUUAGGAUACAACACACCCGUUUCAAUAGAAACACCUAUACAAAGUUCCGUUUCCAGAUGUACAUCGUUGAAUGUGAUUCGGGAUCCGUAUUCGACAAAUCGACCGGGGCUAGUUAGCAUUAUACCGGAUGUAUCACCAACUCCUGUUCGGCCACCACUUGCGCCGCUGUCGCAGUUACAGGAGAAUGCAUUCCCAGGUCCACGAGACUCACGAUCAUUACCGUUGAAUAAUCGCCUUAGUUCGCGAUCAGUUAGUCAGGAUUCGGUGUACACAAUAUUGAUUCGACUACCUCCGGAUGGCGGUAGUGGUGAUGAACGGGCACCGUCAAUUAAAAUGAUUCAAGACGACGUACCAUUAGCUCUGACGCAUCCACCCAGACGGCCACUACCAACGCGAGACUCCGAUCUGGGUGAUGUGAAGCUCAAUCUAGACGGGGUGAAGCUGAAUUCCGGUUUGCCGUUGAAUCGAAGGUUGUCACAUGCACCGGAUAUUCGAAUUCCAUUAAAUGCCAAGAUUAUAACGAAAAAUUUGGCCAAACCGCAUCCUGUGCCUCGAGCCGCUAAAAAGAAGAAAAAAUCUCAAGAAAAGCGACAAGAAACAAAGGCCGCCAAAACACUAUCAGCCAUUUUACUUAGUUUCAUCAUAACGUGGACGCCGUACAAUAUUUUGGUGUUGUUAAAACCGUUGACGGCAUGCACAAAAUGCAUACCACAAGAGCUAUGGGAUUUCUUUUAUGCACUGUGCUACAUCAAUUCAACCAUUAAUCCCAUGUGCUAUGCUCUGUGCAAUGCCUCAUUUCGUCGUACUUAUGUUCGGAUAUUGACGUGCAAAUGGCAUACACGAAAUCGGGAAGCGAUGACACGCGGCGUGUACAACUGAAACAACCAAAUGGCAAGUCAUGCUUUUUAAAGGACUUUGCAAUCAAACUCAUAACACAAACCAACAGCAACAGCAACACAAACAAAAUAUGAAGAGAAAAAAUGCACAAGUGUCAUAUUACGCAAAGCACUGAGUAAUAUAGAGAGAUCAAGUGUGUGUGCUGAACACAAUUUGAGACAAUGUGAAAUAUUUUUCACGACAAUUUUUAACAAGAAUUAAUAAAAAAAAGGAAAUAAUAAAAUUUAAAAAAAAAAACCACUCUGAAAUCGCACAAACAAAUCGUUCAAAUAAAAUUUUUACAACAAACAAAACAAAAAUUGUAAGAGAAUUACCAAAUAAUAUGAAAACCAUUUAUAGAUGCGGCGACAAGCGCAAAUGGAAAUGUUUAACUCUAGACUAGCUUAGAAUAAUCUAAAAAUUUAUUAGGUCGCGUCGAAUGAAACAAUUUUCAACAAGACACACACACAUUCUCACAUACAAGAUUAUUUACAUGACUACGAAUUAUUGUGUAGUGAAUAAACUAUGGUUUUCAUAAUUGCUGAAAUACGAAAAUCGAAUAUAUGUCUCAGCCAGGAGCACAAAAACCAAAUAAGAAAAAGGAAUGUGAGGGCGGAGAGCUUAAAAACACACAUACAAA